AUGCCGGGGUUAGAUCCUGAUAUUAUAGAGCAUGCCCUUCAGACUGAUCCUAAUGUGCCACCUAAAAAGAAGAGGCUCAGAAGAACGAAACCAAAGUUGUCCAAGAAAAUCGAGGGGGAAGUCAUGAAGUUGUUAAAAGUGGAUUUCAUUGAAGUGUCACACUACUCCGAUUGGAUAGCAAACAUUGUACCUAUCAUGAAAAAGGAUGGGUGGGUUAGGGUGUGUGUAGAUUAUCAUGACCUGAACCGAGCUAGCCUGAAAGACAACUUCCCAAUCCCGCAUAUUGAUGUCUUAGUUGACAGUACGACAGGAUUUGAGUUAUUCUCCUUCAUGGACGGUUGUUCUGGAUACCAAAUCCGUAUGAAAGAGGAAGAUAGGAGCAAAACAUCGUUCAUAACACCUUGGGGAACUUUUUGCUAUAGAGUGAUGCCUCUCGGUCUAAAGAAUGCCGAGGCAACGUAUCAAAGGGCCAUGGUCACGUUGUUUCAUGACAUGAUGCAUGAGGAGAUCGAAUUAUCUGAAACAACGAAGCCAUUCUUCAAGCUCCUGAAAAAGAUUGCAAAGAUUGAGUGGGAUGCUGAGUGCCAGGAGUUCGACAUUCAGAGCCUGGGACAAAGCUCUGUUAAAGGCUGCGCCAUAGCAGACAUGUUAGCAGAAACUUCCAAGGGGUCUAGAGCAUCUGAUGAGGAUAGUGACGCGGAUGAGCGAAUUUUACUUAUAUCAAGCGAUAAAUGGGCGAUGUACUUUGAUGGUCCAGUUAACUUAGCCGAGUCUAGUACUGGGAUAGUUCUUAUCUCUCUAGAUGGACAACACUACACUGUCGCUGCUAAACUAAUGUUCCCAUGUACAAAUAACGUCGCUAAGUACACAGUAUGCAUUCUUGGCCUCCAAGUUGCCAUCGAUAUGAAGAUCCAUGAGCUACAAGUUUAUGGGGAGUUGAUGAAGGAAUUCCAAGAAAUAUCAUUCGAAUACUUACCAAGGUCCCAAAAUCAGUUCGCUGAUGCGCUGGCUACCUUGUCUUCAGUGUUGCAAGUAACUGGAGGCAUGGAUAUUGAACCGUUAAGAAUUGAAAUUCUUAGACGCCUAGCUUAUUGUAUGAUAAUUGAAGAGGAGCCUGAUGGAGAGCCAUGGUAUUGUUACAUCUUAGAUUAUCUUCAGAAUGAUCGAGUCGUGAAGGCCUUCAAUCGGAAGGUUCGUCCUAGGCAUUUUGAGGUCAAUGACUUGGUGCUAAGGAAAGUGCUGCCAAUCAUCCCUAAUCCUCGUGGCAAGUUCACCCCGAACUAUGAAGGACCCUAUGUCGUUAAGAAGAUCCUCCUGAGUGGUGAUAUAGUUUUAGUUGAAAUGGACGACCGUGAGUUGUCUAAGCCUGUAAAUGCCGAUGCUAUCGAUAAUAUUUCCCAUGAAUGA